AUGGUUCACUGCUCCCCCAUCCUGCCCAAUCCCAUGGCCUCGCUCCUGCACGAUCUGUCCUCGUCCGACUCUUCUACCGCAUCAUCUCCCGUUCUCUCCUACUGCAGCAGCUCAAGCACAGCCUGGUCCUCGCUCGCACCCUCACCUUCGCCUUCGCCGUCUCCCCUACCAUUGUCACUGCCCAUUCCUACCAAGGGCCGGACGAGGAGAACUUCCUCGAUGGGUUCAAGGACAAGCCAGAUGAGCAGCCACAGCAACAGCAGCGUCAGGAGCAGUUCUACUAGCAGCAGUCGUAGUAGAGGCGAAAACAUCAACGAUAACAACGACCACUACAGCUUUGAUAACCAUGGUCGGGGAACCUCUGGAUACUGUAGUAGUCAGCAGGAGACCUACUGUGUCGGCAUGGGCAUGAAGAGGCGAUCGGUCACCCAUUCUGCGUCACCUCUGUCCAAGACAGCCAACUGCACCACAGCAACGGAUGUAGCCAAGAUGGACAUGGCAGCGGACUCUCCCCAGAUGAUUGCCCAGAGUUCGGCGCGCUAUAUUCGGUUCCUCCUACUGCCGUUGCUCCCAUUGCUGUUCCUUGCAUUGGGAGGUCAAACCAACCCCAAGUUCGACACCCCUGCUCGCUACAUGUAG